UUGACAAAAGAAGAAAUAGUAAAUGAAUAUUGGUGUAGGUAAAAAAAAACAAGGAAGGACGUUGAUGAGUUGUUUGUUGCUUUCAGUUUUAUAAUUUCAUGCACUUGAGCUGGUGAAUGAAAUACAAAAAACUUCCUCUACUCUCUACUCUUUACUCUCUUCUGAUUCUCUUCUCUUCUCUUCUGAUUCUCUUCUCUUCUCUUCUCUUCUCUUCUCUUCUCAUCUCUCCUUCCUCCUUAUUUUAUUCUCACGACAACAACAUGCUUUUACGUGACGUUGAGAACUUCAAACGUAAGCUUCAAGAGAACCGCUACGCCAAGAUAUGGGUUAUCAUCGCUCUGUUUUUCUUCGGUGGCGCUUCCUUUCUUCUGUCAAAGGUUCGUCGUUUCAGGUGGGACGUGCCGUACCAUCGUCUUACUUCUCAGAAGCAGAGGGGUGUUGUUUUCUUCUGGAUCGUGGUUAGUGUAUUCUCUAUCCUGCACAUAUGUGUAUGGUGUCUCACUCCAUGGAUUAGGAGUUGGCGUUGUGUUCGUCGGACGCCUUCUUUCCCCAUGAUGGCUUUUGGUUGCGCUGUGACCAUCUUCAUACCUUUGGCGUGCAGCAUGGACGGAAGUUUGACGGAUGAGACGUCUGACAAAAAUUCACUCGGUGCUACGCUUUGCUUCAUGAUGGAUUUCUUCUGCCUGCACAUGUCCAUUCUUCCCGCGUUCGAUUACAUGAUAGUACAUGUUCAUCUUGGUAUUGUAGGAACAAUUGUCCUGGGCAUGACCCGUGACAUACUCCCCGUCAAGCGGCUUUUAUGGGUGGUGUUGUCAGGAUUUUGUACUUGGAUGUUUCUGACUUUUCAUCAUUGGUUGACUACGCCAUCGGUGGUAAUGAGAAUUAUUCAGCCUAUUGUGCAUGACACUAGAGUGAGUGACCCUAGGAUAAUCAGCGGAGAGAUUCAGCUACUCGAACUGCCGGCACCACCCGUACAACCCCCACAACCUGACAUUGAGGACUGGAGAUUCAUCCCGAAGAUUAUAACUUGUUUCAUGGUUAUUUUCGUUUCUGCCAUGUUGUUGGUGAACUGGUGAGAUUAUGUACUGGUGAGAUUAUGGUUUGAUUUUCUAUGUUUAUGCAUGUUAUGGACUACGUAUUUACCAAGAAUGUAUUAGAAACAUAUUAAGACUAUUAUUAUUGUAUUAGCUUUUGUAGAAUGAUAUGGACUAACGGAGUGUAUCAGAUGUUUAUGUAAUCUAUCUGAUCUGACUUGUUUAAGAAUUAAUUUAUCUGA